AUGAUGUUUGCCGAUGAUGUGGUAUUGUGUUCGAGAGAGAAGCGAAAGCUGGAAGAAGACCUGGAGCAGUGGAGAUAUGCGCUGGAGAGAAGAGGAAUAAGGAUCUCAAGAUCAAAGACUGAGUAUAUGUGCUUGAAUGGGACAUCAACUGGGAGUGUGGAAAUGUUACCAGAACAGUUACCAGAAACAAUGGAGUCUAAGUACCUGGGAAGUACACUUCAGACAGAUGGAGGAGUCGGGGCAGAAGUAAACCGAAGGAUACAAUGUGGAUGGAACAAGAAGAAGUCCGGUAUCCUGUACGACCAAAGUAUACCAUCGAAGGUGAAAGGCAGGAUCCACAUGAUGGUAAUCCAACCAGCGAGGCUAUAUGGUAUAGAAACGGUAUCCUUGAGUACCCGCAACACCAAGAGACUAGAAGUGGCAGAAAUGAAAAUGUGCAGAUGGGCAUGUGGCCAUACAAUGAAAGAUCACAGUGCUAGAGAUAGCACCACCAGGAAGAAGAAGAAAGCCGAAACUGAGGUGGAUGGACUGCCUGAGAAAAGACCUGGAAGAGAUAGACGCAAUGGACCGGGAAACUUGGAGGAUGAGGAUAGCUGCAGCGACCCUGUGAUAGCCAACAUCAUUGCCCUGGAUUCCACUAGCCACAGCUGGCUGCUCAUUGCUUGUUUCAGGUCUAUAACAUUUACUCUCCCAUGUCCUCAUAGGCCCAACUAG